GGAGAGGCCAAAAUGCCCAUCGCAUCUGUCACAUCCAGCCGAAUUUGUUUGCCUUGAUGAAGAGUGCCAAGCUUUGGAAUCGGGCAGUAGCCGUCUCAUGUGUUUUAUCUGUAAGGACUAUGGAAGGCACAAGACUCACAAGCAUGGGCUUGUUGAAGUUGAAGCUGAACACAUUCGUUCAUCAGUUAUAAAUGCCAUGCAACAUGUAAGGAAACUUAUGGAAGAAAUGAGUGAAGCUGUUCAAAGAAUUGACAAUGUUGCCCAGAGAUUAGAAGGAGCUGACCCUGCAAGCAUUGCAGAAGAUCGACCGGGUACUGCUGCUCUUGCUCGAGCUCGAGUGCAAGAUUUCUUUCAACAACUUCGUGAUUCUUUGGAGUUGCAGGAGGCUGCAGCACUAACUGCUGUUGAUACGCACCUCAGACAACGUCUGUGUACUUUGCAACAACUUCAAACUGAUCUUGCUUCAUGGCUUAGUCAGGUUGCUUGUGCUACUCUGCAGUGUGAACAAGCAAUUCAGCAGGAUGAUGGCAGAGUCAUUGUCGCUGCCCGAGAAAUUAAAGAAGCUCUAUUGUCUAUUGAAAAACAACAACAACAACUCUCUGAAUUGUCCCCAGAACAACUGCAUCCUGAACCCUGCAUACCUAUAACAUUCACCAAGGACAACAGAGUUCACAUUGGAAGGAAAAUAGAAAUGCGAGUUGUCUUCCUAGGUUUAGAUGGAGCUGGUAAAACAUCAAUUCUUUUCAAGCUUAAGCAAAAUGAGUUCACUGUGGAAAUUCCAACAAUUGGUUUUAAUGUUGAAAGUAUUGAGUACAAGAACUUGAAACUUACUGUUUGGGAUGUUGGCGGUCAGCAUAAACUUCGGCCUUUGUGGAAGCAUUAUUAUCUCAAUACACAGGCAGUUGUGUUUGUUGUUGACUCAAGUGACCCAGAAAGAUUCCCUGAAGCGCUUGGUGAAUUAGCCAAGCUUAUAUCAGAGAAAGAAUUAAAAGAUGCCUCUCUACUGAUUCUUGCAAAUAAGCAGGAUCUACCAACAAGCGAGUCAUUAGAGAGAAUAACCGAUGAGUUGACAUUGAACAAACUCUGUUGUGGUCGCAGUUGGCAUAUUCAAGCGUGUGAUGCUCAGAGUGGAAGUGGUCUCCAUGAAGGACUUGACUGGCUUUCAAGGCAAAUGGUUGCCUCAGGAGUGUUUGACAUUAGUUGAAAAGGGAGAACAUUAAAAUCUUUUGAAAUGACAGAAUUUUCUGUCAUAUUAAAGUUUGAGAGGUAUUUAAAAAGGUACAAUACAAGUUCUCAUAGAAUUUCUUACCAGGUAGUACAACGACUCCAGUAAAUGGUGUCUCCUGCAACAAGGUAGCUCAAUCUUUUUCUAUUUCUGGGUAGAGAGAGAAUGGGCUUGUAUUGUACUCAGGAGUAUUUUGAGCUAUGACUCUUCAAACUGUACCUGGUCAUUCAGUAUGAUGUAGCCCCACUACAAUAGGUAAUUGUAGUGUAAGUUGUGAACACAUAUUAUAUCAUAAUGAAACUGUUGUUUUUGUGUUAAAUUUCUGUAUUUCAAUUCUAAUUAUUUUUGUCUGCUUUUUGUUAUUGUUAUUUUGCUAUUAGCGAUUUUUGUUUUGUUUUUUAAAACUGCUGUGAUAAGUUUUGGACUCCUUUAUUUUUAAAAUUUGGAGCUCUAGGGCUAGGUGUAUUUUCUUUAAUUUAACAGAGUGGUUGUUUUACUUUUGUUUCCCUUAAUUAAGGAUAAUCAAUGAUAAUGGUCUCAAUUUAAAUGUUGUUGUGAACUACAUUGCAUAAUUAUAGCAUAGUUUUGGAUAUCUGAAUCAUUUAAGGUAUCCUACUAAUCAAUAGUUAGCUAAGCCUACCUUACACUACUCUAUGUAGUAGUGAGGUAAAUCGUCACAUGUUCUUAAGUCUCUUUACACCACAAAUGCCGUUCAAGCCGCCUCUCACAGCCUCUUUCUUAGCUGCUAUAAGCUUCAUCAUUCCUUAUCAAUAACAGUGAGUAAGUAUCGUUCAUGUAAAAUAUCUUUGUGUCAUAGUUUAGUUGGUGCUUACAAUAUGCCAUUCCGGGAGGUGUAGGGUGAAAACGUACAUCUCUCUAUAACGGCCUUUUUCAAAGUGCCCUAAGUUCUUCGAUUUCUUCUGUUGCAAAAUUGCAAUGUGACGGUGCUCCAAAGUUUGGCGUCUGGAUUUUAGAUUCUCAUUGAGACUGUCGUCAUGCGUGCGUAUAUUUGUAUGUGUCGGUUUAUGUUUUGGAAGCAGGCAAUUGCUGUAAACUGAAAUAAACAAGAUCUUUUUGCUUUUGAACA